AUGGCAGAAGAACAAAUAUCACCUAAAAAGCUUUACCUACAGGACUCGUCUAGCGAGAAUGUGUCAAGCUCCGACCUUCGGGUCCAAGAAACGCACAUCUUGCAAGAGCGCAAAAUUGGCGUUUUUGGGGCCAUUUCACUCAUCGUGAACAAGAUUAUCGGCGCUGGAAUAUUCUCAACCCCGGCAACUAUCUUCAAACUAAGCGGUAGUCCGGGUAUGGCGCUUAUUCUUUGGGUUCUCGCUGGUAUAAUCUCGACAUGUGGAGCUAUGGUGAUGCUAGAGUUUGGUACCAGCAUUCCCCGGUCCGGGGGUAUGAAAGUAUAUCUGGAGAGGUCAUUCUCUCCUAAGCUACUUUUCACUUGCAUUUACCUCUUCUAUUGUGCUAUCCUACGUAAGUCGAGGUCAAGCAUUGACCCUAGUGCUCCCUACGUGACCGCUAAUCAUCUCAUAGAGACCUCGGCCAGCAAUGCCAUCACAGCUUCUUCAUAUCUUCUCAAGGCUGCAGCUGUUGACUCAACAACAUGGAAGCUGCGUGGGCUAGCAAUUGCCGCUGUAUCGUUUGCUGUUGGAGUUCAUAGUGUCGCCCCAAGAUUUGGAAGAGGAUUGCAAGAUCUUCUCAGCGUGGUGAAACUUUUCAUUCUGUUCUUCAUUGUCUGCACCGGAUUCGCUGCAUUAGGAGGUCAUGUCCGAGGCUCCAAGCCUGACAAUUUUGAUGUCUCGACAUCGUUCAAGGGCACCUCGAACAAUGGCUAUAAUAUCGGAACGGCUUUGUUGAACGCAAUCUUUUCGUUUCAGGGCUAUGACAAUAUGAACGCUGUGCUUUCGGAGGUCAAGAAUCCGCAACGCACUCUGCGUAUUGCGUUGCCAACGGCCAUGGGCACUGUUACCGUACUCUAUAUUCUCGCGAAUAUUGCCUACGUGAGUCCCUAUCCUCGUUUUCGUCUACAUCAAUGUGUUAUUCUCUUACUGAAGUCGGAACAGUUUGCAGGUGUCUCACGCUCAGAAUUCUUGGACUCCGAUCUUACCAUUGCGGCUUCUCUGUUCAACAAUGUCUUCGGUCAUUCAGCAGCAGUAAAAGCCCUCCCGGCACUAGUGGCUAUCUCUGCAAUCGGGCAUCUUCUCGGGGUUGCCUUCACAGUCUGUAUGUUUCCAAGGAGAAAUAGUCUCUCACCUUUACUUCAAUCUUCUAAUGAACAAAUUUUGGCAGCUCGAGUUCUUCAAGAACUGGCCAAAGACGGCAUAACCCCCUUUCCCAACAUUCUCAUGCAGAAUCGCCCAUUCAAAACACCCAUUAUCUGUCUUGCUAUUCACUUAGGAAUCACGAUUAUCUUUAUAUGCGCUCCUCCUGCAGGCGAUGCUUUUGAUUUUGUCGUCGGCCUGGGCACUUAUCCGACGGUCUUCCUCUUGACUCUCGUCACGAUUGGACUGAUCAAAUUACGUCUUGACAAGAACCAGAACUUCCAGUCCUCUUUCAAAGUACCCUGGGCCAUACUAGGAUUCUAUCUGGCAGGAAAUAUUUUCCUUCUGGUUAUGCCUUUUGUCCCGCCGGUCAAUGGAAAGGGAGCCACGAGUCUUCCGUAUUGGUUGUCUCCUGUUGUGUCCUUGUCUAUAUUAGCCUUGGGAGUUAUCUAUUAUGUGGGGCGAUUUGUUUUGCUCCCGUGGGUGUUUGGUUAUGAGCUUGACCUGGUAGCUAUAGGCCUUAGUGACGGAUCACGGGUCUCGAGGUAUAAGAUCCGUAAAUUAUAG